UAGACCAGCAAGAUAAAUCGCAAGUUUUUCCAUCAGUUGUUUUGUUUCACAAACAGAGGCCGGAAAGUGAGCCGUCGAUCAAUAUACUACGCCGCGAUAUUAUUAACACUUUUUUUUCUAAUAUUAGUAAAUAAUAUUGAAACCCUGUGUUGAUAUCUGUGGAAACAUACACGUUGCAUCACAAUGUUGUCUCGCAUGUGUGUUGCUCGUUCUUCGGCCACUGUAACCCAAGUUCUGAAAUCACCGGGUCCACAAAAAUUGGUGCCCAAGAAUUAUGUUAUCACUCUCAGAAACUACGCACGUGAGCCGCGCUCCCGUGUUGCGACCCGGACUCAACCAACCUUGUGGGAAAGGCUAAUGGCUCCUGCAGGUCCUAACGCUUUCAGCAUUGGAAAAGGGGCUCUGGCCGGUGCAUCAGCUGUUGGUCUGGGUGCUUUGUGUUACUAUGGUACGGGCGUCAAACCAGGCACCUUGCAGGAGGCACAUCUCUGGCCACAGUAUGUCAAGGAUCGCAUCAAGACUACUUAUGGAUACAUUGCGGGCUCACUCAUCAUCACAGCUGGGAGUGCCAUCACAGUAUUCAGGACACCUGCUCUCCUCAAUCUUGUUGCUCGAAGUGGAUGGAUGUCAAUAAUAUUGACCAUGGGUCUCAUGAUCGGUUCGGGCAUUGUGGUGCAAGGCAUGGAGUAUAAGCCUGGCUUUGGCCCUAAACAACUGGCCUGGAUGGUGCACACUGGCAUCAUGGGAGCAGUUAUUGCACCUAUGUGCUUCCUGGGAGGCCCUGUUCUUUUGAGAGCUGCUUGGUACACAGCGGGUGUGGUCGGGGGGCUGAGCACGCUGGCGGUGUGCGCGCCGUCGGGCGAGUUCCUGAACAUGCGCGCGCCGCUGGCCAUGGGGCUGGGCGCCGUGUUCGCCGCCUCGCUCGCCGGCAUGUUCCUGCCGCCCACCUCGGCGCUCGGCGCCGGUCUAUAUUCGCUGAGCUUGUACGGCGGUCUGAUAGUGUUCAGCGGCUUCCUCCUGUACGACACGCAGGCCAUUAUCAAGCGAGCCGAGAUGCACCCUAUGUACGGCAUGCAGCCCUACGACCCCAUCAACUCGGCGGUGUCUGUGUACUUAGACGUCCUAAACAUCUUUAUGCGCAUAGCUAUGAUCGUGGCCGGCGGUGGCGGCAACAGGAAAAAGUAGACAAAAUAUGUAACAUUUAGCCAAAUAAUAAAUUAUAUGUAAUCCACGCUUACCACCAAUGUUAAUUUUCAAAGUAAAAUUGCGUAGUUACAUUCUUCGUAAAAAAUCGACUCCCUAAGUAAGGAGGCUUCGAACGAUGUGAUAUUUACUUACUUAGAUAAGUUUGGAUGUUGUAGGUAUUUUUAAGGAUAGAGCGUAGACGUAGAGAUAUCUCAACAUAUUCUAAAUACCUUUUAAUUUCUACUACAUUAUAAUUUGUAACGUUUUAAGAUAAACUGCCCCUCUUGGUCGGAUGUCAAUAAGGACGAUUUCUAAAUGUGUCUUCUUGCUUGUAUCGCCUUAAUGACAGCUGACGAAAUGGCACAUAUUGGCUAAAAACGGUACAUGUGACCUAUUUAUAGCGGAAGAAAAUAAUGGCGAAUGUUGAGGUGUCUCCCCGGGUCAUGCAAGGGGGUCAAACGUUUUGGCAACAGAUCUUGCUUUAAUGAAUAAAUUAUCCAGUAACUU